AUGCGCAUCAGAGGCUGGUCCAGCGAUACUUUGAUCUUCUCGCUACUCACCAGCCUCGGUGAUGUCGCCCACCAUUAUGAUUGGCAGGGAUAUACGUGGCCAAGGGAGGGAAAGCUUUACGAUCAGCUUAUAGACGCGCUUGAACGCUACACCCUGCCAAGCGAGCCUGGAGAAGCCGGAAGGAGCGCAAUUGUGGACUACGUCCGCAACAUAGGGUCAUAUUCGUCAACCAAUUCACUGCCGAGGAAUCCAUUUGAACACCACGCCCCUGCUAUCUUACCGAGCAAUGACAACGCUGACCCUUCGGGGAGAUACUCAACUCCCUCGAAUAUCCGACCCAUGCGCAUGGCCCCUAACAUUUCAAUGCCCAAUCGCCGAGCUGCACCAGCGGCCUCAUCGGAGGUCCAGAGUACGCAGCUGCCGCAGCAGCAUCUUUUCACAGAUGUCGUGCGAGCCACUCGUGAUGAACUUCAUCCGAAGAGAAUGAGGAGCAGAUCUGAAGCCGACCGCGCACGUUCUCAACUACACUCGCACCAGACACUGCCCCCUGUGCCGACCAUGCCUUUUCAGUACUUGCAGCAACAAAGAGCUCCCCACCCACAGCCCGGCAUGCCAUCUGAUGAUCCGUUCCACGCCGGGUACUCGAUGGCCACUGCCGGUUUGAGCUCAGAACACGCACAACACCCGUCUCACGAUUCCCAUGACCCAACCCUUGAACAACAUGAUACCCAUCAGCACGGACAAACACUGCACAGCGAAUUGUCGGUGAAUCCCCAUCUCCAAGAUUAUCCCAGCAAUUUUGUCGAUCUCGACUCGAGCCCAGAUGCGUCACCAAUGCAAGAGGACACCAACGACUUCGACAAAGAAUUCAUGGCAUAUGAGAAUGCCAACCGUACCUAA